AUGACUAGUGAAAAACUUUCUGGUUUAAAUAUUAAGCGGGGAACGCUAAAACGCAAAUUAACCAUGGCUCAAAACGUAAUAAACGAGUUAAAGUCAUCUAAAGAAAGCCCAGCUUGUUUGGCAAAAGUACAAGAAUGUUUGACUAGAACCGGGUCAAUUUAUGACGAAUUUUUCGACAUUCAAGGUGAAAUUGAGGAAUUGGAAACGGUUUUAAAACUAGCAUCUACCGCAGAUCAAUGCAACACCUUUCACAAGGAAUUUUAUAGCGUUAUGUGCGAAUUAAAAGCAUUGGAAGCCAAAUAUUCAGCCAAAUCUGCAAAAAAAUCGGAUAUUAGUAGAGUUCAAAAUAGCGCGGUUAAUGUAAAACUGCCAGAAUUAACGUUACCCUCGUUUGAUGGCUCAUACACAGAAUGGACUUCUUUCCACGACACAUUUUCCGCUCUUGUUGACGAAAAUAAUGACCUUUCAGAGAUUCAUAAAUUUCAUUAUCUAAAGUCUUGCCUAAAGGGCAAGGCAAUAAAAAUCAUCGAAUCAUUAAAGGUAACUAGUGAAAAUUACGAACCCGCUUGGAAUCUGUUAAAAAACCGGUAUAGCAAUCCAAGAUUAAUUGUGCAAGAUCACAUUUUUGGCAUUUUAAAUAAUUCUAAUAUUAAUAAACCCUCGCAUGAAGAGUUAAGAAAGUUAUUGGACAGUGUUAAUAGCCAUUUAGAAGCGCUCACAGUUCAUAAUGUUGAUCACGCUAAAUUUCGAGACAUCAUGUUAGUAUCAAUAAUUUCAGAAAAACUAGAUUUUGUUUCAAAAAGAGAAUGGCAGGGUAAAUUAAGUUCGGAACUUCCAACUUGGGAAGACCUGAAACAAUUUUUGGAGAAACGGUGUGAAACGUUAGAAACACUCCAUUUAAUGUCUAAUAAAUCGAAUAAUAAUUGUCAAGAAACCCAUUCAAAAAAGGGGAAUAUUAGAGUAGCAGCAAUAUCAACAAAUAAAAACAAGAAGGCAAAAUUUAAUACCAAUUCAAACAGAUCAGUAAUGUGCCCAUAUUGUUCCGAUCCUCACUAUUUAUUUCAUUGCGCAAAAUUCAUUAACCUAAUGGUAACAGAUAGGUUAAGGAUCGUGAGGUCCAAAAAACUAUGUUCUAAUUGUUUUCAGAACAGUCAUACGGUUGCGGAAUGUAAAUCGUCGUAUGUCUGUAAAAUUUGUAAGGGACAUCACAAUGCGUUGUUACAUGUAGAUAAUCCCGAGCCAAACGAAAUACCAAGUACGAGCAGUGAAAAUAAUCAAGUCGAAUCAGAUCAAUCCGUUGUUCUUAAGGUAAAUUCUCGACAAGUUUAUUUUAGUAAGGUUGUACUUCCAACAGCCCAGGUACAAAUUUAUGAUAAAUCGGGAAAUAAACAUCAAGUGCGGGCACUGUUAGAUAGCGGCUCCGAAUUAAAUUUUAUUUCAGAGCGAAUGUCAAAAUUAUUAAAUCUUAAAUCACAACCGAUCGUUUUGUCAAUCGCUGGUGUCAAUCGUUGUAAUACUAGUGCCUCACAAUUAGCAAGUAUCAAAAUUCAUUCUAAUUACCGACAUUAUGAUUUGAACCUUUCAUGUGUUAUUUUGCCACAGAUCUCGGAAUUUUUACCAUCCACGUCAUUUUCAAUCGCUAAUUUAGAGUUUCCGCACCACAUAAAAUUAGCAGAUCCCGCAUUUCAUGUCAAAGGGACGAUAGAUUUAUUGUUAGGUGCUCAAGCCUUCUUCGAAAUUUUAGAGCCUAAUCGGAGAUGUUUGAAUAAGGACUUUAUUUUACAGGAAACUAAAUUCGGUUGGGUAGUGGUUAAUGCUCAUGGAGAUAAUCCGGGGGUUGUAAAACAGGGUUCUUGUUAUUAUACCCAACCCGUCCUUGAACAAAUGGUUGGAAAGUUCUGGGAAUUAGACGAAUUUAAAACUUCCGCAAAACCUCAAUCGGCCGACGAAAUCCUAUGCGAAAAGAAAUUUAUGGAGGGUCAUAAACGUUUAGAAAUGGGAAGGUAUUCGGUACCACUUCCGUUCAAGGCGGAAAACCCAAACUUAGGUACUUCUCGGGAAGGGGCCAUAAAACGUUUUAAAUCGUUAGAAUGUAAAUUCCGAAAGGACGAGAAUUUUAAAUUAUCCUAUUCGGCAGUAAUUACAGACUAUUUACAACAAGGUCAUGCGGAACAAGUUCCUGAAGACGAAAUUGAUAAUCCAGGUAGUUAUUAUUUACCACACCACGGUGUUCUUAAAGAAAGUACCACGACACAAUUACGUAUUGUGUUUGACGCAUCAUUUAGAUCAUCUAAUCAUAAAAGCCUAAACGACGAGUUAUUAGUUGGUCCAAAAAUCCACUCGGAUUUAUAUCCUAUAUUAUUGCGUUUCCGCGAACACAUAGUCGCAUUUACCGCAGACAUUUCACAGAUGUAUAGGCAGAUAGGAGUUCAUCCGGAGUACCACGAUUACCAGAGAUUGGUUUGGCGAUUCGAUGAAAAUCUUCCAAUUCAGACGUACAGACUUAAAACAGUAACCUUUGGAAUCACUUCGGCGCCUUUUCUCGCGAUCCGAACGUUACACCAACUCGCUAACGAUGAAAGGAAAACCUAUCCAAAUGCACAUCAUCAUAUAAUUAACAACAUGUAUGUUGACGAUUUGAUAAGUGGUAGCGAUACUUUAGAAAAUGCUGUAAAGCUUAAGACCGAAAUAACCGACUGUUUGUUACGAGGUUGCUUUCAAUUACGUAAAUGGGCGUCAAAUAACAAGGCAUUAUUGCCUGAAAAUAUAUGCAGUUCUUCCGAAAUUAAUCUAGAUAAGGAAGGGAUUUCUAAAACAUUAGGUAUUAUAUGGGAUUGUAAAUCGGACAAUAUUCGGUAUCGGAUAAACUUAAAAGACACAUAUUCAACAAUAUCGAAGCGCACUGUAUUGUCUAUCAUUGCUCAAUUAUUUGAUCCUCUGGGAUUGAUUGCGCCAGUAAUUGUUACCGCAAAAAUCAUCCUCCAACAACUGUGGAUAGCGAAAUUGGGUUGGGACGAAGGGUUACCUGAUCAUCUCGAAUGUCAAUGGAUUAAUUUUAUGCAAACAUUAUCAGAUCUCAACGAUAUAGUCAUUCCGCGUUGCGUUUUAAGUGGUCAAGUUCCGGUUCGUACAGAAUUACAUGGGUUCUGUGAUUCCUCACAAUUGGCGUAUGGGGCGUGUAUUUUUAUUAAAACAAUCCAAAAAACAGGGGAUAUUAAGGUUCAUUUAUUAACCGCCAAAUCGAGGGUGGCACCAAUUAAAACACAGACGUUACCUCGAUUAGAAUUGUGUGGAGCCGUAUUAUUAGCGGAGUUAACAGCGCAGGUGAGAGCCAGUCUAAGAUGUAAUAUUAGCGGUGAAUUCUAUUAUACUGAUUCUACCAUCGUUCUAAGUUGGUUAGCAGCGACACCAAGUACAUGGACCACAUUUGUUGCCAAUCGAGUCUCUAAAAUUCAAUCGUUGACAAGAGUAGAGAAUUGGAAUCACGUAUCGUCAUCAUCAAACCCCGCAGAUAUUCUUUCUCGAGGUUGCAGUCCGAAACAAUUGAUUGACAACCAAUUAUGGUUCAAUGGACCAAUGUUAUUACGUGAAAAGGUCGCACAUUCUACUGAUCUUAAGGUAUUAAUAAAUAAUUUCGAAGUUGAAGAACGACGUCAGGCCGUCUGUUCAAAGGCAGUAGUACACAAUAAAGAUCAAUCGCCAUCAGAUUUAUUAUUAAGGUACUCAUCAUUUUCAAAAUUAAUUAACGUAGUAGCCUUUUGUUUACGAUUUUACAACAGAGUCAGAUAUAGACAAGGUGUAAAUGGCGCACUAACUGUAAAAGAAAUUGAAAAUAGUCGCAACGUUAUUAUUAAAAUGGUCCAACAGGAAUCAUUUCCUGAGGAAUUCAAAUGUCUCAUAAAAGGUAAUGCCUUACCAAAAUCUAGUCCUUUAAUCAAAUUAAAUCCCUUUCUAGACGAUAAUUUAUUAAUACGAGUGGGUGGUAGACUCGUCAAUGCAAAUAUUUUGUUUGAUAAAAAAUUUCCCUUGGUUAUUCCAAAAUUACACCAUAUUACAAAAUUAAUUGUACUACAGACACACUUGCGUCAGUUACAUGCUGGACCGCAAGCGACUUUAGCAGUUAUUAGACAAACAUAUUGGCCUAUCGGCGGACGUGACAUAAUUAGGAAAAUUCUCCACGAAUGUGUACUUUGCAGACGUUCGAAACCGAUUCCCUAUGAAGAAAUAAUGGGAAAUUUACCUGAAGAUAGAGUAAAUCUAGUACGACCAUUCCUUAAUUGUGGGGUCGAUUACGCCGGCCCAAUUCUAAUCCGAGAAGGGAGGGGUCGUGGAAAAAAGUCUAUAAAGGCUUAUAUUUGUUUGUUUGUUUGUUUUGCCACCAAGGCAGUUCACCUUGAAUUAGUCACCGACUGUACUUCGUUAGCCUUUAUUGGAGCCUUCAAAAGAUUUAUGUCUCGAAGAGGAAAACCUUCAAAUAUUUAUUCCGAUAACGCAACAAAUUUUAAGGGAGCCAAUCGCGAAUUACGAGUCAUACAUUUCGAUGUUAUUAAAUCUGAUGCCUUUCGUAAAUUUAUUAAUGAUUGCGCGGGUAAUAAUGUUAAUUGGCGUUUUAUCCCACCUCGCUCACCACACGUUGGUGGAAUUUGGGAAGCAGGCAUUAAGUCCAUGAAAUACCAUCUAAAACGAGUUAUAGGGCAGUCAUUGUUCACAUAUGAGGAAAUGUAUACCUAUUUGACAUUGAUCGAGGCGUGUCUUAACUCACGACCUAUAACUCCAUUAUCCUCAAAUCCCGACGAUCUAUCCGCACUUACCCCUGGCCACUUUCUGAUCGGUACUGCACUUACGUCACCUGCCGAACCUGAUGUAAGCGACAUCAACAUUCACCGACUGGGUCAAUGGGAAAAGAUCCAGCAGUUACGACAACAUUUCUGGAAAAGGUGGUCCAGGGAGUAUUUGGUCGAGCUUCAACAACGAUCGAAGUGGGCAACUUCCGUCCGAUCGGCCACUGUGGGCGACAUCGUCAUCGUGCACGAGGAUAACGUGCCCCCGUUGUGUUGGUGUCUCGGUCGAGUUGAAAUCAUACAUCCCGGUCGUGAUGAAAAAUCCUCACCCACGACUAAGGCCAAACGUGCCACCCGCAAACGAGAACAUCUGGUAACGCUAAAAAUUCCUUUCGCCCCCGGCGCUAUCUGUUCACACCAAACGUACGAAGAUCCCCCGACUAAAACGCAUAAAUUAAACGCUUCAUACGUACGACCGAACUCGAGAACACAUUAUGAAAAAUUGAAAGCAAGAUAA